AUGUGGAGUGUAGGUGAAGUUUAUACAGUAUUAUGCAGUCCAACAGACGGUACAUUAGUGGCAACUGGGGGUGGAGAUGAUAAAGGAUUUCUUUGGAAGAUUGGUCGAGGAGAUUGGGCUUUUGAGCUGCAAGCCUUCAGUACUGAUGGACAGUUGCUUGCAUCUGGAAGCUUAGAAGGACUUGUUCAAGUAUGGGAUAUAAACUCAGGGAACCUUAAGUGUUCACUUGAAGUGGGUCAGGUGGCAUCCAAGAGGGCAUCUGGUCUUGGCUGGUUCAGAGGAUCCUCCAUUUGGAUGUGGAAUGCAGACAAAAGUGCCUAUCUUAAUAUGUUUUCAGGUCAUGGUAGUAGUGUGACCUGUGGUGAUUUUACUCCUGAUGGUAAAACAAUUUGUACUGGCUCUGAUGAUGCAACUUUGAGAAUAUGGAACCCAAGGAGUGGAGAAAACAUCCAUGUUGUUAAAGGUCAUCCAUAUCAUACAGAAGGGUUGACAUGCUUGACAAUAACCUCUGAUUCAACUCUUGCUCUAACUGGUUCUAAGGAUGGCUCUACUCACAUUGUUAAUAUAACAACUGGGAAGGUUGUAAGUUCCUUGAAUGCACAUUCUGACUCGGUAGAAUGUAUUGGACUUGCAACAAGCUCACCUUGGGCCGCAACAGGAGGCAUGGAUCAGAAGCUUAUUGUCUGGGAUUUGCAGCAUUCUUUACCUCGAUGCAUGUGUGAACAUGAGGAUGGAGUCACAUGCUUGUCAUGGCUGGGUCCAUCUAGAUUUUUGGCUACGGGCUGUGUAGAUGGGAAGGUAAGGUUGUGGGACAGCCUCUCUGGAGACUGUGUGAGAACCUUCAGAGGUCACUCUGACGCCAUUCAGUCUCUGGCUGUGUCUGCUAAUGGUGAAUUCCUAGUCUCAGUUUCACUCGAUGGAACUGCCCGGGUAUUUGAGAUCUCAGAGUACCAAUAA